CAUCCACAGCGGGGCAAAGGCUGCGGCUGUAACGCGACAGCAGCCAGCUGGAGCCACACGGAGCGGCAGCGCACAGGCGAACUCCUCAUCCCACCAGGCUGUGAUGCGCACGGGUGACGCCGCGCUCCUCUAGUCCGCACACAGACAGGCGAAGAGCUCGGCGCGGGAUCGGACCCUGCUGCGCCUCAUCUGGACGAACUGCGUCGGGGAAAAUCCCGCAAAAACCGCGACUCUCUCUUGUGCGAGUGAGGGGGUGCGUGCGCGCGGGUGUGUGUGUGUGCGUGUGCGCGCGCGCGCUCGGGAUUUUUUUUCUUUUUCUUUUUUUUAAAUUUUUUUUUUUUUUUUAAUAGGCGAUCGUUGUUGAGAAUAAUCCGUUUUUUAGGUGAACGUUUCCAUCGGACGAAGAGCGAGGGGAGUUUCUGGACUUUGCAGAGGAGACGAGCUGCUCAAUUCCGACAGAUAACCAGCAGAUACAGGCGUUAAUCAGGAAUCAUGGGAAAGCAAAACAGCAAGCUGACUCCUGAGGUGAUGGAGGAUCUGGUGAAGAACACAGAGUUUAAUGAACACGAGCUGAAACAGUGGUACAAAGGCUUCCUGAAAGACUGCCCCACCGGUCGGCUGAAUCUGGAGGAGUUCCAGCAGCUCUACGUCAAGUUCUUCCCAUACGGCGACGCGUCAAAAUUUGCACAACACGCCUUCAGGACCUUCGACAAAAACGGAGACGGCACCAUCGAUUUCCGAGAGUUCAUCUGCGCCCUGUCCAUCACCUCCCGCGGCAGCUUCGAGCAGAAACUCAACUGGGCCUUCAACAUGUACGACCUGGACGGCGACGGCAAAAUCACCAGAGUGGAGAUGCUGGAGAUAAUCGAGGCGAUCUACAAAAUGGUGGGCACCGUGAUCAUGAUGAAGAUGAACGAGGACGGCCUGACACCGGAGCAGAGGGUAGACAAGAUCUUCAGCAAAAUGGAUAAGAACAACGACGACCAGAUCUCGCUGGAGGAGUUCAAGGAGGCGGCGAAGAGCGACCCGUCCAUCGUUCUCCUGCUGCAGUGUGACAUGCAGAAGUGAAGCCGCAUCCCUCACCCCCACCUGACCCUCCACCCCCACAUCCCACUCCCACUCCCACUUCCUGCUUGCGCCUCUUUCUCUCUAACCCCGCCGGCCUCCCCACACCCAGUCUGUAUCCACACACUCUGGACAGCCGCACACGUUUUAAUGUCUCAUUAGGUUCUCUGCCAUUUCCACACGGGGGAGAAAAAAGAAGAAGAGAUAAAAGAAAAACCACCCAUAAUAACAUAAGAGAAAACAAACAAAAUGCUUGAACUAUUUUUCAAUGGACUCGCUUCUUGUGGUCGUAUGCAUGAGAAUGUCAAAAUGCAGAAUAAUUUUGAGAAAUAGCUAUAAGAUAUCACAGAUUUCUAUUUCUAAACAUGCCAACGUGAUUCGUGCACAGUAGCCCUGUACAUUCUCACCUCUAGCUUGUAUAUCAGUGGAGCACUGCAUUCAGUUUUGUUUCUGAAGUAUUUAGGAACCCCCCCUUUCCCUCCCCCGUCCCCCAGUGUUCACUGCUGCGACUGCUGUAUGCUCUACAUGAUAGUAACAAAAACAAUAAUUCCUAUGAUAAUUGUAACUGUCUCUACUAUCCAGACUUGUUGAGCUCUCGGAGAACAGAAAACGGCUCCUGCCUGCUCCAGAUGUUCUCACUCAGUGGAACCGAGAAGAGCAGGUUCUUUGCAUGCAUAUAUUACGUGUCGAGAAAAAGAAAAAAGAAAAAAAAAACAACAACUAUAUAAUCUCUUACCUUUUUUGCAUCUUUAGGUGGCUAUAAAAAGACAUAAAAUCAGAACUUCAUUUAGUAUUGUUGCAUGGGCUGUACAGUAUGUGACGCAUUCUGUCAUUAGUUCACCCACUGCCCUCCUCCCAGUAAUGUGGGAGCAUCCCCACUCCUCCUCCCCCCCCCACUCGAUUAAGCAUUAGUAUGUGAUACUUGAGUUGUUGGAAAGGUGUUCAGGCCAGUGGCGCCCCAAAGAGGGGGGACAGGGGAGCCGUGGCCCCCUCUUAAAAAAUCCUGGCCUCCCCAGAGAAUUAUAUUCAUGUUAUAAAAAGGUGUAAAGUAUCAUCUUUUUUAAUGAAAACAUAAAUGUAAAACCCAAUAAAUGAACAAAUAUAAAAUAUAUACGUAGCUAUAUAAUAUAUAGCAAAUAUUAUAUAUAGUUGGAUUUUCUUUUCUUUUUUUAGCUGUACUCCCUCCUAAAAUAUUUUAUUGGCCUGGUCUGGCCACCCCUAUAAAAAUAAUCUGGGGGGGCGCCACUGGUUCAGGCUGCAGCUGUGGAUUGAAGAGCUUUAACGUCGACACGCUGCACCGUGUUUUGGCUUCGGUGGCUUGUAUGAUGAGCAGAAAUCUACUCGUGUGUGUGGACACAAUUUUUUUUGUUGCUCCUUUUCUUUUGAUCACGUCGCACGGCUGCCCUUUUAGAGGAAAGGUCAGAAUCCCCGCCAUCAUCAGGUGCAGUACUCCAAUAAUUGGCUUCUUUUUUUUUUUUUCAGGCCGCUUGUUUUGAUUUAAACUUGAAGAAAUAAUAAUAAUAAUAAUACUAAUAAUAGUGAUGAAAAAAGGGUAACUUUAACUUACAUAUCAACAUGUUUACAGAAACAAAGAGCACUGCGAAACGAGUACGUUCUUGGCUUUUGGAUCCGCUGCUUGGGGCUCGCUCUCAAGGCUUAGGGAGCCUGUGAGGGCGACUCCACUUCCAAUGCAGCUAAAACAACAACAAUAAUAAUAAUAAAGAAAAGCCUCACCUAUGUUUACUGGACACACUGCAUUCCUUUGUGUAAAACUUUUUUGUAAGGAGAAACUUUUACUGAAAGGUGUCAUCUUCUUAUUUACCUGUUUGCAGCGAUCAUUAAAGAUGCGGGAACCUCAAAGAGGCGUUUGAUGGAGUUUCUUACACUGUGAGACGGUCGCGUUUGGUUACUGCCGAAAUGUUUCUCUUUCCGAUAGUUUGCACCUUCUCCCCUCCUCCGUCCACCCCUCCACCCCUCUCCUCUCCUCUCAUGUUAGGCUAUGCAAGCAUGGACUGGGAGUCUGCUUGUUGUCCACUUGCACAAGUGGAAGUUGCAGAAGAAGCUGUUCAUUGUUUUUUUUAAUUUUGUCUGGAACAUAAAUGAAGCCAACCCCCACAUCUUCAGUGACUGAAUUAUUUCUACAUUUUAGUCCAGAUUUAUCCCCCCGCCCCCCUCCUUAUUUUUGUCGAGUAAAUGUUUCUAUCAAAUAUGAAAACUCAUUAUAACAACUGACUGUAUUCUUUUAUACAUGUGGCAUGUGUUGCACCCAAACUCAGUUCUGUAGUGUUUGAAAUGAAUAAACCAUCGACAGGCUUUUUGGAAAGACACAGGCUGGUAGGUGGAGUUACUGGUUCUGCACUGAAAAUCCAAAAUAAAGAAAAAAACAACA